AUGGCGGCGCCCAAGAACGCGCCUCCCUCUGCAGAUGCAAAGGCCGUUGCUUCCAAGAUGCACCGGCGUUCGCGAUCAGGUUGCUUCACCUGUCGAUUACGCAGGAAGAAGUGCGAGGAGGGGAAACCUGCGUGUAAAGCGUGCAAGCACUUGGGCUUGCGAUGCGAUUACAAGCGGCCAAUGUGGUGGAGCAAUGGCGAGCAACGACGGAAUCAAAAAGAGUUGAUCAAGAACAUCAUCAAAAACACUCAACUCUCCAAGAAAGCAGCGCAAGCUCAACAACAACCACAGCUCAACACUAGCUCGCCGCCACCACUCAGCCACUCCGUACCGACCUCAGCAGAAGCCCCGUUCGCAGAAUCGUUCCCACAAUCAAGAUGUCCGUCAGAAGGUUCACCUUACUCAACAGGAUGCGACUUUACGUACCAGUCACCGGAAGGAUACUUCGCCAUGCCACCUCCACCUCAACCGUAUAUAUCAACGCACCCACAGUACCCAAUGUUCUCGCCGUACGAGGUCGACAUCAAGACAGAACGCGAGAUCUUUGUCAACGACAUCCCAACUCGGCGCGACUCGACCAUAUCAACGUUCAGCACCUUCCAGCCGCCGCCGUCUAUGAAUGGCAUGUCCGGCUAUCCAGCAGACAGUUGGGUCCAGCAGGAGCAUUUCGAGAGCACGACCGAGGAAUACACCGAAGAGCCUGUCGACUUCAACUUCUUCGAAUUUCCUCAUGGCCCAAUCACCCCAAACCACGAGGCUGUCAUCGAUGUUGAGGAUUGCGACAAGUACCUACUUAAUCACUUCCUUGACAAGGUAGCAAAGAUGAUCUUCCCCAUUCUCGAUGCCAACCAGCAUGGCUCUGCGAGGACAGACGUGAUCUUGCCGGCGUUGGAAUCGAACAAGGCUUACCUGCACUGCUGUCUAAGUGUAGCUGCGACCCACAUGAGGACGACCGAGGGCAUGACUGGCGAACAGAUCGAUAACGACGUUGUACGCCAUCGCUAUGCGGCCAUCUCUGAGCUUUGUGAAGCAUUGGGCCAGGACACAAACCACUCGCAGAUCCUCGAAGCGACGCUGAGCAUGAUCUUCUUCCAAUGUUCUGUUGGUCGACCAGAUGAUGCGCUUCCCGACAUCCCAUGGCACCAGCACUUCCAGGCGGCGGCGAGUUUGGUCAACAAGUUGGAGCUUGCGACGGCGGCCUCUGAACUAUCAACGACUGGCCAGCAUCCUUCAUUCAACAUGACACUGACCUCAUGGAUCGAUAUUCUUGGAUCGACAAUCGUCGGCAGACUUCCGGUUUUCGCGGACACAUACCGAGAGCUCAACAUGGUGAAUGGCAGCGCUGGACUUUCAGAAUUGAUGGGCUGUGACGACAAGGUCAUGUUCUUGAUCUCUGAGAUUGCUUGCCUCGACUUCCAAAGACAAUUCCUCACCGAUGAGGUGGUCCUGUGCGGAUACGUCGAGUCUCUGGCAAAGGCAAUUGGAGCAACAGAAGAGAUGGCCGGACUCGUGCAGAGCUGCUUCUCCAGCACCGGCGCCAUCCGACCAAAACAACGCGCCAUCAACAUCACCGCAGUGUACCGCAUCGCCGCCCGAAUCUACCUCUGCACGCUCGUCCCCGGCUACUCCCCCACGCAACCCAGCAUGUGCCACCUGAUCUCGCAAUUCGCCGAGCUCAUGAACUACAUCCCCGCGGGUCCAGAAGGCUUCGACCGCUCCCUCGUCUGGCCCCUCCUCAUCGCGGGAGGCGCAUCCGUCGCGGCCUCGCCCUUCCGAUCCAUGUUCGAGGAACGGUGCGACCGACUCGGCGACGCGGCCAACUUCGGCUCCUUUGGCCGGAUACGAGAGCUGCUGAAGGAGCUCUGGGUGCACAACGACGCGGCGGCGCUGCAGGGAGACUUCCAGGGCAUCCGCUGGCGAGAUGUGAUGCAGCAGAAGGGGUGGGAGUUUCUUCUGAUAUGA